AGGUAACCACCACAAGCUCCGGAUCAGGUAGCAUGAUUCGUGGUUUAAGCCCCGCCACGUCUCCUUUUAGAAGUAAGGGCUGAGGGAAGAAGGAUAUAGAAAUGGAAGUCCGUCCUCCCCCCCCCCCGCCACCGACCAAAAUGUAAAAGGAAAGGCCUUCGCUGCUUAAUGCUUAAUACAGGUCCCGGCGGGCGGCGAGCCUUUUAAGCGAGCUCAGCGCGCCGCCUCACUGGCGCGCGCGUCUCUGGGCCCGGAAAGCGCGGGCCGCGCGAACCCUGCCUCCCCCUCGGCGUCUCUCCCAGAACGAAGCCCGCCAAAGCGGCGGCGGCGGCGGCCGCUCCCCUCCUCUUCCUGCGCCGCGCCUCCGCCGAAGCCCAACCCAGCCGAGCCUCCCGCUGCCUGGGCUCCUCCCAGUCCCAACCGGCGGGCUCCAGGCCCCGCCCCGCCGCCCGGCUCGGCUGGCUCCUGACUGCUGCUCGUGGUGGCUGUUGCCGCAUGCUGUUUCGUGCCGUUGCCGGAGGAGCUGGAAGAUGGCGGAGCCGGGGCCGGACUGCAGCGCGCUUCUGGACGAAGAGCUCUCCUCCUUCGUCUUCAACUAUCUCACCGACAGCCAGUAUGAAGUGUCUGGUGAGGAACACCUCUACUCUGAUUUCCCAGAGAUAGAUUUGUCCCAGUUGGAUGCCGGUGACUUUGACUCAGCCAGUUGCUUCAAUGAGCUGCAGUGGUGUUGCGAGCACUCUGAAACAGAGUCCAGCCAGUACAGUACAGAUGACUCCGAGCUUUUUCAGAUUAUUGACAGCGAGAAUGAAGCGCUGCUGGCGGCUCUCACCGAGACACUGGAUGACAUCCAGGGAGACGACAUGGGCCUGGCCGCCUUCAGACCUAUGGACGAGGGGGACAUGCCCAACAGCGGCUGCACGUCACUCACCCCCUCUCCCAAACCUGCCGCCCCUCUCCCGAGGGGGCCUCCUCUGGCCCCAGAGGUUGAUGAGCUGUCUCUACUGAAGAAGUUGCUCCUUUCUCCGUCCAAUGUGCCUCCAAGCUAUGAGGUUCAGAGAGAGGGGAGCACAUGGCGUCAAGGAACUCCCAAAUCCAGACCCCAGCGACCCUGUACAAAGGUGGAGGGUGUCCGAGACCGAAAGCCGAGUUUUCUCCAGGCUCAGAGCCGGAGCUGCACCGAGCUUCAUAAGCACCUCACCUCCAUCACAGCCCACUGCCCACACACAAAGGACAACUGGCCGCCGGACGAGUGCCACAGUGGCGGCACAGAGCCCCAGAGUUAUUGUGCCCACCAUGGAGAGGACAGCGACUCCGGUGAAGAGUUGCUGCCCUGCGGCAACAUGGCAGCGACUCCGCCUUCUUCCUCCGAGGAAGGCACCGGAGAGAAGGAGCUGCACGCUACUGUAGAGCUCAUCCGCUACAUGCACACUUACUGCCUUCCCCCCAGAAAGCUGCCCCCCACAGACCUUGCCGAUGCGAGACACCAGCAUUUCCACAGCCCCUCCAAGAGGGCCAAGCCGGAUUGCCCCCUGCAGCGGCCUCCGCUCUGCAGCAAGGACAGUUGCCCGCCCAGCUCUUGGCACCUCUCAGCGGGCUGCAAGCAGCCCAGAGCCCCCGCAGCCAGUUUCUCCAUCCUGAAGGAGCUGCUUGCCAGGGACCUCCCUUGUGAUGUGAGCAAGCCAUACCGGUUGGCCAAGCCUGCAUACGCCUCCUUGACCAGGUUGCAGCCACCCAAGGCUCCGGGAGCGCCUCCGCCCGAGGCUGCUGGGGGAUCCACGGAGGCGUGCAAGUCCGCAGGCAGAAUGCCACCAGAGGUGAAAACGGAGCCCAGGCAGGGCCCCAAAGCGGAGCCCGAGGUGAAGGAAGAGACUGGCAGCCCUGCAGAGGAGGAGGAGGACUGUGCAAAGCGUCCCCAGCUGGCCUUUGGGAAGGCAGGCCGCAAGCAGGAGAGCUUUAUUUAUGCCGUGCGGCGCUCCAAAAGACUCAACCCCGAGCUCAGUCUCUGGCUUUCCUUCCUUGACGACUCUCCCCCUGAUCCGGCCACACCCCCUCAAAACAAAGUGGCCUCCCCAGAACUGUCCCUGUGCUCCUCCACUCUGCAGAACUUUGACAGGGAAGCACCAGCAGCAGAGGUUGAAGUGAGUGGUGCAGGAGAGGCAGAGGACAGGUAUCAGAGUCUCCCGAUGGAGCUGCAAACCCCCUCACCAGAGAGCUCCGGGGAGAGCGAAGCAUGUGAGAUAAGCGAGAGCCAGUGCUGCGCCCUUUUGCAUCAGACAGGUACCCUAAGUCAGAGUCUGAACAUUUGGGGAACUUGGGAAGGGAUAUACCUUAUUCUGAGCCAGACCAAUGGUCCAUGCAGCUCAGGGUUGUCCACAGUGUCUGGCAGUGGCUCUCCAGGUCUUUCCCAGGCCUACUUGGAGAUACUGUGGGUUGGCUCCUUCUGCAAGCAAGGCACAUGCUCUUCGACACAAGGUAUUGUCCUGCCCUUGGCAACAACAGAACCAACAUUUGGAAAGCGCAAUUUCGAGCAAGUUCUGACCGUAGAGCUGUGUGGCACUGCAGGUCUCACACCACCGACUACUCCACCAUACAAGCCUUCAGAGGAGGACCUGUAUAAGCCAGACAUUCACCAGAGGCCAGCCAAGGAGACUGCCAUCAUCACCAGCUCUGAGCCACAGCCAAUGAUGGGGGACAGGGCAGCCUCCGGGAAGAAGCAGAAGAAGCACCCGGUGCGGACAGAGUUGUACGCACACCUGAGUCGGUCCACCCCCCACCUGCCCCACCCCGAGCCACAUGGGGUGCUGAAGCGCCCUUUCUCACGCUCUUUCGGCGACCACGACUAUUGCCAGGUCUUGAAGCCCGAGGCCUCGCUCCAGAGGAAGGUGCUGAAAUCCUGGGAGCCCCUGAGCCAUGUGGAAAACAAACACAAGCGGAGAGCCCCUGAUGUGCACUACCAGCACGAGAGUCAGGAGGGCGUCAAUGGGACCUCAGUGAAGGAGGGAAGCCAGCAGCUGAGGGACCAGGAGAUCAGGGCCAGCUUGACCAAACACUUUGGCCUCUUGGACAGUGCCCUCGAUGCCGGGGAGGCGGCCUUCUGCAAGACGCCUGAAUAUGACACCGUCUUUGAGGACAGCUGUAGUGAGAUUGGUUCCCCGCUGGAGGAAGAGGAGGAAGAGGAGGAGGAGGAAGAGUGCUGCACAAGUCCACUGGAAUCCAAGAUGUGCCCCUACAAGAACCCUCUUUCCAGGGCCAGUUUGCACUAUUGCUCCCGAAGCAGGUCCGAUUCUGAGUCUUCGUGCUGCAGGUCCAGGUCUCCAGCAAGCAGAUAUGAAAAUGGCAAGCAGUGUCAAGAUGGAACUGUUGGACAGAUGGAGAAGAGGAGAGAAAAAGCCAUUGGAGAAGGCCGCGUAGUGUACAUCAGAAACCUUGCCAGCAGUAUGAGCUCCACUGAACUGAAGAAGCGCUUUGAGGUGUUCGGAGAGAUUGUUGAGUGUUGUGUUUUGACCAGGAAUAAAAGGGGAGAUAAAUAUGGCUUCAUCACGUAUCGGUGUUCAGAACAUGCCGCCUUAUCCUUGAAGAAUGGUGCCUCGCUAAGGAAAAGAAAUGAGCCCUUGUUCCAGCUGAGCUACGGUGGCUUUGGGCACUUCUUCUGGACCAGAUACACCGACUUGGAUUCCAACACAGAAGAGUCCUCCCCAGCUCUGAUAAAAAGCAAAUAUGAAACCAUGGAUUUCGACAGCCUGCUGCAGGAGGCCCAGGAAAGCCUACAUCGGUAACAGCCUUAACCUUUGAGGAAUACCUCAAUACCUCAGUCAAGGCACUUCCAAUAUGUUUACGUUUUCAAAGAAAUGAUUAAGUAUACAACGAGAGAGAGAGAGAGAGACUGCUGUCCCUUUAAAUCGAUGUUUACAUUGAACAAGCUGCUUCUGUCUGUGAGUCCCCAUGGUGUUGAUGUUCCACUGCCACACAUUAGUAUCUUUGCUUCUGACUGGUUGUGUUAGGAUGAGCCUGCAAAAGCCUCCUGUCCCCUUCUUGUCCGGCCCCUUUCUCUGCCCCACCGUUACCCCACUUCCGCCGUGGAUUUGCAGCUGUGUUCACCAUAACUUUUUUUUUGUCUGUAGUGUGUGAUGAUGAAAUUGUUAAUUGUGAAUAGAAUCAGGAUUGUAAACUAAUUUUUAAUAGAAGAAAGAAAUAUAUACUUAUAAUGUAUUUAUGGCUCAGAUGUACUGUAAUUCAGAUUUAUUGUACCGCUUCCUUGAUUUUUAACUAUGCACUGUAAUGAGGCACUUGCCUGUCAGCAGAUGUGGCCCUCCCCAAAGGGUGCCCUCCAAUUGGCCACUCAGUUGAAAUUGGCUUCAGCCCUGUCCAUGGCGAACCAAGGGGUGACCGACUGAUGUUGUGCUCUUGCUAUAUAAGCCAUUUGUUCCGUUUCGUUUGGGCUGAAUUCUGGGAUCACCACUGCCCUGUUUGUUGAUGGCACAAGGCACAUUGUGAUUCCUCAGUCCAGAGCUGGCUCUGGGUGGAUAGGAAUGGCGUUCUCAGGUGGUGCAUUUUUGAGGAAGGGGAGGGAGGAAAAAGGUGCAAGGGGAGAGUGUGUGUUUUCCCGCUGUCUAUGAUGGAUUGGCAGUGGUCACAAGGUAGUGAAGCCCCACCUGCCAGGGAAAUGGUACGUAAGAAAAGCUCCCCUGGAUCAGAACAAAGAAAAGCUCCUCUGGAUCAGAACAAAUGCCUAUCUAGUCAAGCAUUCUGUUUUGUGCCAUGGGCGACUAGAUUCCUAAAAGGUAAUAGUCCUCUCCUUUUGAUGCUCUCCAGCAAUGUAUGAAGGCAGUAGUCCUUUUGUUUGCUCUCCAGCAACUGUUACUCAAGAGGCAUUCUGUCUUUAAACUUGAAAGCUCCGUAUAGCCAUCGUGACCAGUAGUGCAGGAGCACAAGUCUACAGCAAGACUGAGAAAGUCUGAGAGCCAAUCCCAGAACAAUUAUGCCCAGAGGUUUUUUUGCAUUACAUCUACCAUCUAAUGAUAGCAGCUGCAGUUUCGCCAGGUCCAUGUGGGAGUUUGAGGUAGAGGAACGUGGAGCAAUUCAUUUAAGGCCAUACAUGACAUCACCAGUAGCCUCAGGAAUAGUUUUUUACCCAUCUGGUCAUCUAACCAAAGCAAAAUCUCCUGCCUGGUGGGCAACACCCAACAGAAAAAAAGUUCAAAGGAAUUCUCACACCUUGGGCUGAGUGAGUUCACUGUGCUUACAACUGGCACAUAGCACAUGGCUCAUCAGCAGUCCCUGCUCCAUUUUGAACACUACUCUCCUUAUGAGUGGAAUAAGCCAUAAAGCAUAGUGUCAUUGCUAUGAAGCCUUGUGAAGCGACUUCCCCUCUCUCUCUUUCUCCCGCUCCCUGUCAAGAAAGGCAUGGAUGUCACUGCCUAUUUGAUGUUCCUUUUGACUUCCUCUUGGCGGCGAUCUUGUGCCCUCCUUUAUUUCUUCCCUGGCUUCUCUCAUAUUCAGAAGUUUGAGGAGUCAUUACAAAGGAAGUCUUAGAGUGAUUUAAGCAACUAGUUUAGGGGCUCUUUGAUACGAACCGGGGUGCUGGGACAGAGGCAGUGUAGAAGCCUCUAGCUCAGAAGACUGAGUAGUGGGAAGGAGUCGCUAUCUAACUUCCGCAAUUGUUUCACUCAAACAUAGCUCGGACUUGCCACAAUAUACUGUGCUAAUGCCUCAUGCAGUAUGGCUGUUCUCGUGCUAUACUUGGAAGCAAUGUCCAGGGACAUGAGAGGCAGACCAAGAAACCAGCAGGUGCAUCAAGAGAUAGCAUUUUCGAGUGGGGACCAAAUAACCUUGCUAAUACCUUCAUCAGCCACCAUGUCUUUGGUUUAUUUUUCACAAAGGAUCUCUGGCAUUUAGCCACCCCAUGUAUACAGAAUGCAACAACCUUAAUUCGGCCAGCAGGUAUUUAAUCUGAAUCAAAAGGUACAAAUUGCCAAAGACCUUGGCAACUGCCUGGCUUAGGUCUAACUCAUGCUUGCCUGUCUUGAGUAAUUCCAUUGACCCAGUAAGGACCACACGCAUCAGAAACACCAUGAAUGAGGUCAAGGCGUCAGCUCAUGUGUUAUCCCAUUCUAAUUAUGUGAUCGUUUCUGUCUUUUAAUGUGGAGCUUUAAUAACAACAGUGCUUAUUUUAUAUAGUAACUGAUGUCACAAUUUCACGUGUUGUUGGCCAAAAAUAAUAAUAAUAAACCUCACGAUAUUGGCUGCUUCAAUGUUGCUUGCACCACCUCCAUUCGAGAACUUACUGAUGGAUCGCAAGAUCCUCUCAUGAUCAGCCCAGAGCAAAAUCUGGCCCAGACAAAGCAUCUGCUGUUGACAAGUGCCUCAUUGUAGCUCUGCCUUUUUCUGUCCUAGUAUUUCCUCACCACAAUGAUGUUUACAUGUGAUUGCUAUAGAGCUUACUGUAGAAUGUACAUAGCGACACAUUUAGGGUGGGUAGGACUGUCCUGUCCUGUCCUGUGCUGUGCUGAUGUUUUCAGAGAACAAUCGAACAGAAGAAGAAGAAAAAUAAGUAACCACCCCUACAACCGUUAAGUGGAAUUCUUCCAUCUCCUGGCUUGGUUACAAGGGUAGAUCAAAGUUCACCGCUGGCUUUGGUCAGAGAGAUGGAAAAUGCAUCAAAUUUCUGAGCAUGCUGAAAGUGUUGAAUGCAGCUGCAGAGAAGGAAGAGUCCUUCUGCUCUCCAGAAAGAGCUGCCUUCAGUGCAGAUCGCUUGCAAACAUGGGUUUGUAUUUAAUCCGUUUUUAUUAUUAUUAUUAUCUCAAGUUUCUUUUAAGAGGCUGGACUUACCAAUGAUGUUAGAGCAUGCACACGCAUGCCCUUUUGAGGAGGGAAGAAGGUCCUGUAACGCACAUGGCCUCUCAAUCCUAGGUAUAGGGAGAGGUGCAAUAAGUGGUCUUUGUGUUGCCUGAAGCCUAUAAAAAUAUUUAUUUUAAUUUUUUGUGAGAAAUUUCACUAGGACUUUAUGCAAUAUGCACACAUGUGCACAAACGCACACAUGUAUAGGGAAAAGGUAGUGGCGGGGCAUUGAGCCCCUCUGACUGCUGCUGGGUACAGCAGCAGCAGCUGUAAAUCCACCACUGUUGAAUGUAGAGCCUGAGUGGUAUGGUUUGAAAAGCACGGACAUCUAAUGCUGGUUGUGGCACACUAGUAACCUGUGGCUUAUUUUAAUGGCUAUUGGAAGCACAGCUAAGUUUGUAUCAGCCACAGGGAUACAAACAGUUCUAAAACCCUUGGCUAUCAGAAGCUUGGAAAGUUGCUCCAUAUGGGAGAAUUUUAGGCAGCAAGCCUGUAUUCAGGGUAUAUUCCAGGAGGGUCCUCUAUUUCGUAAAGCAGCAAGCUGCUGUGCUCCACAUGCACAGCAAGAAGUAGUUUGAGCUUCUGGUGGUGAAAAAAACAAACCCCAAAACUCAGUUCAGAAUGGCACAGGAAUCGGAAGGACCACUUUGAUAUAGUGGAUGUCCUAGUUCAUCCCCACGAAUUAGAGCAGCUGAGUGGAUACCUUUUUAACAGACCUACAGAACUUGUGGCUUGCCAAACUACCAGCCUGCCAGAGGCCUGGUCAGGGGUCAAAGUGUCCUGCAGGCCUCCAUAGAUGGCUGGCAUACCUUGAUGGGCAUGGUGGGUUCCACAGUCCUGGCCUAUAAUACAAUAGGCAUUUUGCUCAUACUGCGAGGACAGUGGUAGGGUAGCAGUGCUCCCCUGACUUCCCGCCAGCUGAGUGGCUUGCUGCUUUCAGGAGGGUUGAGGCAGUAGUGGGGGCUCAGUGUGGUGUACAAGGGAACCAGCAAAGCCAUCAGCAGUUGAGUGUCACCACCACUAGUGUGUGAGGAGCUAGUUCUCUUAGUGUCCAAAAACCACAGUGCAGUCCCACACUUGCUGAGCCUGAAGCCCCUAGCUUGCUGCAUUCAAAGCACAGGUUGGAGAUGAGAAGGGGGAAAGGAAGUUUAUUCCUUAUUUAGGUUGGGGGAAUUAAAAUGAGCUUUACACAUUGCUAUAGCCAUCACUGCCGCCAACAUGUUUGGGCAGAUUUAAACCUUGGUGCAGUUCAGCUCAUUUUGACUUCCCAAGGUGGCCGCACGUUGAGGCUAAGAAGAGUAGCCGAGCGUCCCCUGCCCCCAUUAGCUAAAGAAGGACCUUAAUUACCUUUAUGGUUACUUCUUCUGCCCUGUUUAGAAAGAGCUUGCGCUCUUGUGCUUUCCGUAUACUUCUGCAAAGUCUACCUAACUUUCUCCCAUAUUCUUUCUCUUAAUAAUAUGCAUAAAGCCAAGGACCCCGUACUCAAGGGGUAGGCCUAGCCAUAAGAACAAUUAGCAGCAGAAACAAACCAAGCCUUUGCAAGAUCAGGUGAGAAACCAAAUAAACAAAUUAAAAGAAUUCAAUUUUCCAGGGUGUUUCGGAAUAAGAGGGUGUGUUGAGAAAGGCAAUCAUGAGGGAGACAUUUAUUUUUUUAAAUAAACAGAACUAUCUCUAUAUUAUAUGUAGGGGUGUGCGUGUGGGUAUGUGUGAGUGAAAAAGAAGUCCCUCCUAACUGCUUCUUAAUUAGGAAAAAUACCUUAACGAUAGGAAUAAGUCAUAAGCCAUUUCCUUGCCCUUGGUCCUUUAAAUAACCAUGCUUUUAUGUGAAACGCAAAUGGUUCCUGCUAAAUUCAGCAACCAGACAAAGGAGCGAAUGCAGGCAUCAGAAAAAGAAGAUGCAUGCAAAAGAACUGGGUUCCCAAACGUCACUUUCAUUGUCAGUCGAUGGAAAUGUUCAUCCCACUUUCCCUCUUAGAGUGACUGUCUUGAGCUUUGCUACCUCCAUGAAACUUUCAUGUCAGCUUGGUCAUGUGUUUCCAUGAUUAGCAUCCAAUUUUCUCAGUAGCCCAUGUCAAAAAGCCUUAGAGGAAUCAGAGAGCAAGGACACAUUUUCAUUUGCCAGAUGAAAAUAACAAGUCCUUAAUCUGUAGCUGAGCAUUUCCUCCAUUUGUUCUUAUAGCAGGGUAGUCUAUUUGUGACACACUUUAGCAAUAUGAGCAUUCAAAGCCUUCUGCUUUCCCAUCAAGGUUCUGCAAAUAAUUGUUUGUUUAGGCCUCGUUCUCAUUUGUGUGCUUUUCGACAAUUUCCCCUGGCAUCAUUUCCCCCACAUCACUGAUGCCCAUGCAUCAUCUUAACGUGACUUUUGGCCCAACCAUAACAUUUUCAUGUACGUAUGGUUGCAGGUACCUCCUUGCACUUAAGGGGGCAGUGUGCCCCCUCCCCCAAAGUAACCUGGGGGCUUAUGCAUUUUGCAUUUUAUAGCUGGAAGUCUACCGUUAAUAGUGGACAACAGAAAUGCACUAGAGGUGAGCACCUAUGAUGCUCUAACAAAUUAAUGUGUUGUAGAAUAGAUGCUACAAAAACAAGUGCACAAGCAUUGCUGCAUGUCAUGCAGCUUAGGGAUGGGAUCUCUAUGACUGAGGUUGUCACUAACAGCCUGCAAGUGAGCUUGCCACCUGACUGCAGGUGGGGGGCUCACAUGAUUGAAGGCAUUUCCGUACGCUCCCUGCACAUGAAAAAUGAGCAUGUUGGGGGGAAAGGUUAUGUGCAGAAUCUCAGUGAAAACUCGGCUAUGCCCUAGUGUUAAGGAGCAAGCUAUCCAAUCUGGCUUGGGUGAAUUUAUCACGGUAUCGUGCUGUCACCCUAAACUUUGUGCCAGUGAGGCAGACUAAAUCAAAUGCAUCCGCCUCGCUUAGGUUCUCUGUCCUUGGAAUGCAUAGCACAUGUCAUUGAUGGGGGAGCCUGUGUUGUUAGAUGUUAUUGGGGUACAGCUCUCAUAAUCCAUGACCAUGGUUCAUGCUGGCUGGGGCUGAUGGGAGCUGGAGCCCAACAACAUUCAAAAGGUCACAGGUUUCCCCAAUCCAUUACCUAGGCUGUGAUCCAAUGAGCAAAUGGAGCUCAAAAAAAGAGAAAGAAAUAAGGUUGCUCCAUCUUCUUCAUUAUGGCAGAAUUCUGUCUUUCAAAGCUUUACACAACAUUGAAGAGAAUGGGUAGGCCAGUUUUCACAGAGCUUCACAUGCAUAAAAAUGCACCUGUACUACUAGAUUAGCCUAUUGAAUUUUUGAAGGGUCAAUUUACACUGAAGGUUUUGGUCCCCGCCCCCCAAAAAAGUCAAAACGUUUCCCAUUUCCUCAUGGAGGAAACUAUGUCUGGUGUGGAUAGCAAGGCAAACCCCUGUAGAGUCUGGUUUUAAUGCAGCCACUGGUGCUUUAGGUGGCAUUAUUUAUUGGAAAAGUGAAAAAGAGUGAAUUAAUACCACUGUUUGCAGCGUGUGUUUAUGAGUGUAUGUGAGCCAGAGAGAGUGAAGGAGACUAAAUUGAUGCAUUUCUUAAGAAAGGUGUAAGAAUUUCACCUAAAAGAGGGGCACAUUUGCUAUGUUAUUUAUAAUAAAAACUAGAUUUUACUUUUUUUUGUUUUUUGAAGAGGACACUGCUAAUAAUUAGAAGGGGCCAAUUCUGCUUCUCUUUUACAUGUAUUAACUAAGUGAUAACUUAUUUCUUGGUAAGUAAAAGCAGCAGGAUUGACCCCUUUUGUAAUCAAUAAAAUCAAGUUUUUAGUUCACUGUUUUAAAAAAAAUAGUAGAAGAUUUUUAUAUUUCACUUAAUUUCCCCCCAGUUGUGUUCUGUUGUGUCCUUAUUUAUGUAAUAUACUUUAACCUUAAUCGGCAUAGAUUCUUAUGCCUUUCCUUUGUUAUUGUCAUUUUUUAAAAGAAAUAUUUCUUUCUAGUGUGAUUUCAAUGUCUACCUUCUAAAUGAGAGAACGUUUUCUUGUAUUUUUACAUUGUCAGAUUCUAUAGUUUCGUAGAUGAUUUAACCAAAUUGCUCAAUGUAUUCUCUAUAUCUAUCUGGUAGGUAUAUAAAAGUUCUAUUUUAAAUUGUGUAAAUACUUCAGAACUGGCUUCUUUUUGAAACUCCCCUGCCGUGGAGUUACUUGUUUACAUCACAAAGACUGUAGAAUCUCUACAUUCAUGUACUGUAAAUAGUGAAGUGAUCUGCCUAUAAAUAAAUAAAUCAUAACAAAUAUACUAUGAAGUCCAA